ACUGCUCACCUCACAACCACACAACGACACAUCACACAAACUACUGUGACAAACUAGAAUUCUGUGACUAGAAUUAAUUUUUAAAAACUGUUUCUAAUUUCUACUUUCUAUAUCUUAUUUUGUUUUUCUCAGAUGUUUUCAUAUAGAUAUAUAGACAUCAUAUAGUUUUCUCAGAGCUAGUCAGACAUUUCUAUAUUUACUUGAUUACUUCAAAAAUCAUUUCUUGAAUAAAAAAGUAUAUUUAUUGAAAAAUAACUCCCACGGUUUAUCUAGUAACUUCGUCUGAGGUAAUUUCCGUGUAAAUGUAAUUUCAAUUUGUUGUAAGUGAGUACAUAAAAGGGAAAAGGAUAAUUUUAAAAUGAGUAAAAUUUUUACUCCAACAAACCAAAUUAGGUUAACUAAUGUUGCUGUUGUUCGAAUGAAAAAAGCAGGAAAACGCUUUGAAAUUGCCUGUUAUAGAAAUAAAGUUGUGUCAUGGCGAAAUCUAGUGGAAAAAGAUAUAGAUGAAGUUCUACAAACCCAUACAGUAUUUACAAAUGUUUCCAAAGGCCAAGUUGCAAAAAAGGAAGAUCUGAUUAAAGCUUUCAACAGUAACAACCAGACAGAAAUAUGUAAGGAAAUUUUAGCUAAAGGUGAGCUUCAGGUGUCUGAUAAGGAAAGGCAGAGUCAAAUUGAUCAAUUAUUUAAAGACAUAGCCACCACAGUAGCUAAUAAAUGUCUUAAUCCUGAACUUAAAAGGCCGUAUCCAGUAACAAUUAUUGAAAAAGCUAUGAAAGAUGCCCAUUAUUCUGUUAAACCUAAUCAAAGUACGAAAGUUCAAGCAAUGGCAGUUAUAAAGCUUUUAAAGGAAUCAAAUUCAAUACCAAUCGAAAGAGCAAAAAUGAGAUUAAAAAUUAAUUUCAAGGGUAGAGAUGCCAAAAAAUUAAGAGAAAAACUUGCAAAAAUGGAGAGCGUUGAAAUAGAAAAUGAGGAAAAAGAUGAAGAUCAGAUUACAAUUGUAUUUCUGGUUGACCCUGGCCAAUUUAAAGAAAUAGAUAAUUUAGGUAAAGCGGAAAGUAAAGGUGGAGUCUUUUUAGAAGUCCUUUCUUAUAAAGAGAUGAUACAGGGGGAUGAAUAUUUUUAAAAAAAAUAUUGUAAUGUGCAUAAUGUUAAAUUAAUAAUGUUAAUUUGUUUAUAUUAAAUUAUUAAAUAUUUUUAAAGAUGAAUUUGUGAUUGUUGAAACUAAUUUAAGUAAUAAUAACCCAAGAAA